GAAAAAAGAUGUUAAGAGUCGUAGCCUUCUUGUGAACUUAUGCAUAUUCUGGAUUCAUUGCCAAUGCUUCCUGAUAAAUCAUGUUUUUAAUCUGCUCUUCUCUGCAUGCUUCUUGCUCAAAAUCCAUAAACGGAACCGGGCAGUACGGUUCAUCCGACACGUCAUGGAACUGCGAAAGCCGAAAGGUAGGGAUGAGCUAAUGCUUCCUCAACUGCAAAGGAGGACAGAACAUAUAUCCGAUGUUUGCGGAGUUAUGGCGGCAACAUUUGCAGAGUCACUGUUGCAGAAGUUGCCCUUGAUGCCCGAGUGUGCGUAUAAGAACAUGGCAGCGAAAAGAUGUGAAUUUGCAAAGAGGCUCUGGAGUUUGAGGAAGCGAUCAACUUAGACAAGUUUUAAUGAGUGUGAAUGUUUAGUGUAUGAUGGGUUUGGAUGUACAAUCAUUGAUGUAACCUUACUAUAUACAUUUUGUGGUGGUUAGUUUUGACCUUCAUGGGUUUGGUUGUGAAAUGUAGGAUGUUGUACAAUGUUACAAUAACAAUGUUGUAUACUGUCUUAGAAUGUACUCCCAAAUAUUACCAAUGUUGUACAUUGGUAUGCCUUUUUGUUUGUGUGAGAAACACUAACUGUCAUUGGUGUUCAUAUAAACGGAGAA